CUGGAUUGGCGUGUUGUACAGCGAAUUGCAAUCCGUGAGUGCCCCGGAGGUCGGCCUCCUCGAUAAAAGCCUCGGCUGAAAGAGAGCCAUCGCUCAUUCAAUUCUGCUCGACACAUCCGCUGGUAGGCGACGGGCGAAUGACGAGAGAGAUGCCGAGAGGGAUGCGCACACACACACACCUGUCCUCUUCUCGUCAGCCGUGUUUGAGUGUGUCGCCAUGGCAGCGGCGGCGGCGGCUUCAUCUGCUGGUGCUGCGCAUCAGGCAGAGGUGAGUCAAGCACGGCACACACACUCAUCGUGUGCCACCGUCAAUGAUUCAUUCAUUUCGUUGUUUGCUUGUCUUCUUUUCAUUCAUCAGGUGAUGGGACGGUCUGCGUGUAGUCGUUACAAAGAGGGCACCCGUGUGGUGUUGCUGUCGAGCACCAGGAGGGCUCCGACCGACGACUACGUGUGGGUCACCGCCAGAGUAUGUCGCAUUGACUAUCAUGCUGCACUCACGGGGCCAGUGGAACGGCUGCCGCAAAGCGGGCCACUGGUGGGUCGACAACGCAAAUGAGCUGCGCCAUUGGGGGAUCUUAAUUCUGUGUGGGGACAAGGCGGCUGACGAGUUCCUUGCCUGCGUCGACUUGAGCCUGAGGAUCUGCACCACAGAGCCCCCUGUCGGCUGGAAGCGCCGCCCAGAUGAGCGGUACCCUCGCACAGCCGCACUCAUCCGCCAGAAGGUGGUGGCGGCAUAGCGGGCGGCCGGCUGGCCACCUCACAGAGAGAGAGAGAGAGGGGGGGAAUGAGUGUGGGUGGGUGGAUCCGUAUAGCUAGUGGUGAGACAAGGGAGUGCUGGUUUAAGU